CUUUGCUUUUAUUAUUUUAUAUUUAUUUACUUAUUAUUAUUAUUUAUAUUGGUUUUUUCACGCACGGCGCACGCACACAUACACAGGCUUCAUACGCAAUCACGCGCGCGCGCACACUCCUCUCGUCCUCUCACACUCACAUACCCUUCUUCACUACCGAACGUAUUUUCUUCUUAUUUUCCUUCAUUCUUUCACUGAUUAUAAUUAAAUCUGUUUGUUAGUCGUACGCUUUUUUUUUUUUUGUUUUUUUUUCCGUCCGAUUAUAAUAUUUAUUUAUACAUUUAAUUCACAAACACACACAUCAUUAUUUCGUCGUGCACGCCCGCCACCGUAUUCGCCAUAAUAUAAUAUUAUUAUUAUUAUUAUUAGGACAUAAGGUACUAAAAUACCGUCGAUUUGUUAUAUUCGACUGUCGUGUGUUACACGCCGAAGUAAAACUGCAAAACGCUCAGCUCCUUCCCGCCCGCCGCGGCUGACGGACACAUCGUCGCUACCACGGAAGUCUGAAAAGACGACUCGCCGCUUUACUGCCGCCAGUUUCUUUUUCUUCCACUAUUACUUCUCACCGUUGUCGCUAUCGGUUAUUCGGUUGCCGCCGCUGCUGUUCGAUUUUAAUUGGCGUGGAUUGCUAAAGCUGCGACGAGAUGAUCGACACCAGCCGGCCAACCGUCUAGUGUAAACACGACGGGAGUACGGACGUACGGGAGCUAACCUUUUGAGAUUUAGAKACAUACAGCGUUCGAAAGACCUUUCCACGCCAAGCACCAUAUUAUUUUCAAAGUUUCCUUUGUAUUUUCUCAUCCUUAUUUCCUGCAUUACUGCCAAACUAUUAUGUCACAAAUGAAACGAGGCCGCAAGAUAACAUAUACUAGCAUUGAAGAGAGAUAUCAACACUUGGAAUUGUCUACUCUACAGCAUCCUACAUUUAAAUAUAACAACCACAACGUGGCGGAAAAACGAGUUGGAUCAACUAUGGUGCCAAACCGAAUAUUUGUCGGUGGUUUAUCCAAUGGCACUUCAGAACAAGAAUUGCGAAAUUUCUUUUCAAUUUAUGGAGAGGUUAGAGUUGUCAAAAUUGUCAAAGAUAAAGCUGGUGCUCUUAAAGGAUUUGGUUUUAUUACUUUUGGUUCUGAAGAAGAAGUUAAAAAGAUUAUCGAUGCUGGGCCUGUUCUAAUGUUYAAAGACAAGCGUAUCAACAUAGCUCCUGCUUAUGAGAAAGAUACAAAAAGCAAUUACGAUUCUAACAACUCUCCUCAACAACAAUCACACUUAAUGUCAUACAGUAGUCAAGUUCAGCAAUAUUCAGUUCCUCCAUUAUCAACUCCUGUUCAACCAAUGUUAGCACCAGUUAUGUAUACUUAUCAGAAUGGAAUGGCUUUUUUUAAUAUGCCAAUGAAUGGGAAUACUUCUGUAACUCCUCAACCCCCUGGUCAACAAAACUCAUCAUCAACAGAAUCCCUCCCUAAUGUAUAUGCAGCUCCUUAUGGGACACAUAGUGCUACUAGCAUGCAAGGUUAUAGUGGUCAACCUAUAUUCUAUCCAAAUCCAGUACCUCAAGUUCUGGUACAACAAGCUUACCCUAACUUACCAGUGAGCUCGGUUUGUAACAGUACUCAAGGAUCAAAGGUUCUUUUUUCAAUGCCUUGUGAUACACCUUAUUAUCCAGGGACUCAAAUGUCUAGUAUGAUGCCUACUCCUGAUAUGGCCUAUCCAAUGCCGAUCAUGUCACCAUAUAUGCCUUAUAUGGUCGCAUCUUCUGAUGGUGGUUAUCCAUAUUAUGAUCCACUCAUGGAAAAUAUUCAGCUUGUGCAUCAACCAGUAUUUACUGAACAGUGCACAAAUCCUAGGCCGCCUUCAUCAGAUGCUUCGGUAGGACAAGCGCAAGUAAUUACCACAAAUCAGUUUGUAUCACUGAUGUCCGUAGUUAGAAAUGAUGAGGAAAAACCUCAGACAUAUACACCUGAAACUCAACAGUUAUGCCUAACUCCGGUCAUGAGUUUAGCAGAGCCUCCACCACAAACAGUUUCUCAACCAAUCGUUUCUAAGCCCACCACAUCAUCUACAUCGGAUCCUGAAAAAUCUGAUCAAUCACCCAAUCAAUUACUAAUGACCCAAAUUCAGUAUAAUAUCAGACACCCUCCACCUUCCAUAAAUAUACGUCCAGAACAAAAGGACUGUGCUAAGCAACGUAGUGACGCUCAUCAAUAUCAGGGCAACAACAAUAAUUUAUCUAUUAAGAAUAACAAUGACUACAUGAAAAAUGGACCCAAAAAGUAUCUGGAGGCUCGCACCUUUUAUAAAACUGGGCCAACUACUAUAUCUCAUCCCAGGCAUACUAAUGCUACUAGUCCUAUGGUUAAUUCAUCUUUUACUACCCCAUUUUUUGUUCCUAAUUCAAAUUUCCGUCACCGAUUUCCUAAAAUGCACUAUCCUGCUGUUCCUCAGGUGAUGUUAAAUCCAAAUUAUCCUUAUCACAAUCAGGGAAAURUACGCCCUUCUAAUGGCCAUCAGAUGUUCAACAACAGAGGAGCCAGAUAUGGUGGCAACAACUAUCAAAGCAACAAAAAAAACUAUAGUUCUUACAAGGGGAACAAAAUCAAUCGUUAUACCUCUGACCAAAGUGAUACUCCUGAAGUUUCAAGUAGUGAAGAUAGUCGUACAGAGCAGAUCACCAGUGUUGAUAUGGGCCCCCCUCAGGUAGAAGGCAUGUGUUCGGACAUGAGGUCAAUGGCCAUUUAAAAAUAAAAAUAAAGAAUUGCCGCUUUUUAUCAUGAUCAAAGUUAAAUAGCUCCAACAAGACUGGCCAGCUCCUAAUAUUUUUGAUUUUUAUAAUAUUAUUUAACUUAAUUCUUCUUCCUCAAACUCUAAAAAAUAGUAACGAUCUUGGUCGAUAAAAAAUAUAUUUAUAUUUAUACUUGCAAAAUAUUUCGCCCUCUGUGUUCAAAAUUGUUAUUUAUUGAUAAUUCAUAAACACUUAAUACUAGGUAGAUAUGCAAAUUGUGGCGACCCUUUAUGACAAAAAAAGGCUGUUUUACUGUGAUAAAAAAAUAUUUAAAAAAAUAAAUAUUCAUUGUUAAGGCACUUUAAGUACUUAAUUYAAAAGUCUUAAUGAUUUUUGCUCAAUAGUGCUAGAAAGAAAUUUAGGUCUU